CGACAAGCUAUGCGCUCACAGCAGCAGCUCUUACGGCGGACGACCUGCCGCCAUGCCUUCCUGAAUGAAGUCAGAGGUAAUUCUUCAGUCAACUUUAUGGGCACCCGGCCGCCAUGGCUGCCCGUAGAGCGGCGACUCAUUCGGCCAUCUGCAGGCAGCUUCGCUCCCCUUUCAUCCGCCGCGAACGUACCUUCGCCGGGACAGUCACGUGUGGUGACACGGGGCCACCAGCUCUCCCGUUGACCACGGAAGACUCACUGAUCGCGCCGCUUUUCGCCCGGCUUUCUCCUUCAGGGUCGUCCGCCAAGCCCGCUGCUCCGAUCCGUGACGAAUGGCUUUCUAACUUCGCCUGUCAGGACACGUGGCAGCACGCGGCUGGCGAUUGGACCAGCCGGCGCGCACCUUUCCAGCCAGCUGGUUACCAACUUCGGCACGAAUUCGCGCAGGGCUGCCGUAGUGUCGCGGGUUCUAACUCUUGCAGCGACAGUAGGAAUAAUAGGAUACUGAGCGGCAGACACAUCGCCACCAGCAGUAGUUGGAGUAGCAGGAGUGAUAUCCUGGGGUUUGAGAAUGUGGUCAGAAUCGCAGCCAGCAGCGGCAGCAAUAGCACCCGUAGCUACAGUGACGAUGCUAGCAGCCAUGCAGGACUUGCCAACAGCAGCAGCAGCAAUACUAGCACCAACACCAGCACCAGCAGCAGCACUGCCAGCAGCAGCCUUAGCACGAGCUGCAGCAGCGCAAGGCACGGCAAGGCCCCCAUAGACCUCUCGGCCUUCCCGCCAGAUCGGAUCAGAAACUUCUCCAUAGUGGCCCACGUGGACCAUGGCAAGUCCACGCUGGCAGACCGGCUGCUGGAGAUGACUGGCACGCUCACGCCCAGCGACACCAAGGGGGUGGCGCGGCCGCAGUACCUGGAUAAGCUACAGGUGGAGAGGGAGCGGGGCAUCACAGUGAAGGCGCAGACUGCCACCAUGCUCUUCGACUACUCUCCAGCAACCACCACCACUGCUGCUGGUGGUGACUCCCCACCCACCCACACUGGUGACCCAGCAGCGCCACACCCCCCUCCGGGGCGGUAUCUGCUGAAUCUGAUCGACACGCCUGGGCACGUGGACUUCAGCUACGAGGUUUCGCGGUCGCUGGCUGCCACUCAGGGCGUGCUGCUGCUGGUGGACGCGCAGCAGGGCAUUCAGGCGCAGACCGUCGCCAACUUCUUCCUCGCUCUGGAAGGAGAUUUGGCUGUCGUGCCCGUGGUGAACAAGAUUGACAGGCCGGAUGCUGACCCUCAAGCCAUUGCCGCUCAGAUAUGUAGCACCUUCGACCUGCCCCGUGCCUCCUGCCUCUUCACAUCAGCCCGCACGGGAGCCGGCCUGCCAUCGCUCCUCUCCGCCAUCAUCGAGCAGAUGCCACCUCCUCCAGGCGACCCUGCCGCCCCGCUGCGUGCGCUCCUGUUGGACGCGCACUUUGACGAGUACAGGGGAGUGGUGUGCCACGUGGCAGUGGUGGACGGGGCUAUCAGGGAGGGCGAGAGGGUGGCGGUGGCAGGCAUGGGCAUGAGCUAUGACGUGGGGGAGGUGGGGGUCAUGUACCCUGAAGCCACACCUACAGGCUGCCUGCUUACCGGCCAGGUGGGGUAUGUGAUGCUGGGAAUGCGAACCACCAGGGAAGCAAGGAUAGGCGACACCAUCCACCACCACAAGGCAGAGGUCACACCCCUCCCGGGCUUCCGGCCAGCGCAGCACAUGGUGUAUGCCGGGGUGUUCCCAGCCGACGGCUCGGACUUUGAGGGGCUGGCCAAGGCCGUGGACAAGCUCGUGUGUAACGACGCCAGCGUCGCGGUUACCAGAUACAGCAGCGCCGCCCUGGGGGCUGGAUUCAGGUGCGGCUUCUUAGGGCUGCUGCACAUGGACGUGUUCCACCAGCGCCUGCAGCAGGAGUUUGGGGCAGACGUCAUCUCCACUGCUCCGUCCGUGCCUGCCGUCUUUGAAUACGCCGACGGCACGCGCAUAGAGGCCCAGGGCCCUUCGGACAUCCCAUCCAUCCCAAAGCAGCGUGUGGUUCGCUGCACCGAACCUUUCGUGCUUGCCACAAUCGUUACCCCCUCCAAGUACGUUGGGCCGGUCAUGGAGCUCUGUGCGAGCAGGAGGGGCGAACAGAAAGAGUACUCUUUUAUUGACGGGGACCGGGCCAUGCUGCGCUACGAGAUGCCGGUGCGGGAAGUAGUGAUGGACUUUUACAGCCACCUCAAGAGCAUAUCCUCGGGCUUUGCAACGUUUGACUAUGAAGAUGCGGGGAUGAGGGAGGCGGAUCUGGUGAAGGUAGACCUGCUGCUGAACGGGAAGCCAGUGGACGCGUUGGCAGCCAUUUCCCACAGGGAGGCGGCACAGAGGAUGGGGAGAAAGCUGGUGGACCGACUCAAAGGGGUCCUGGACAGGCAAAUGUUUGAGGUGGUUAUCCAAGCAGCCAUUGGCGCCAAAGUGAUCGCAAGUGAAAGGCUUUCAGCUAUGCGUAAAAAUGUACUCGCGAAGUGUUACGGCGGUGACGUGUCGCGCAAGCGGAAGCUAUUAGAGAAGCAGAAGGAAGGGAAGAAGCGAAUGAAGCGAGUUGGAUCGGUCUCUCUACCCCAAGAAGCAUUUCACGACUUGUUGCGGACAUCAUAACAAUGUGCAAGUGCAUUCGUUAUUCUAAGUUGGGUUCAUACAUGUACAAAUGAUUUAGUUCAAUUGACGCUAAAGCGGAGUUUCCCGCGACAAGCUCCAGG